AUGGCUGAUUUCAAUGCAGGCAUUCGAGAAGGUGUCUACAACAAAUUUGCCGCUCUGAAAAGCUGUGAUCCCAAUGAAGCCAAAAGGUUCUUGUCGACAUGCUUUAAAGGAAAACAAAAUUUCCAGGUGGCCCUCACAGAUGAAGAAACGGGUCAGCUGCUGUCAACACAGCAGGCCCUGCAGGCGCUAGUUGAAGACUUGGAGGCCCGUGCAGAUGUGCAUGCUGAGCAAGCUUCGGCCGAGUCCUGUUGGGUUAGUGAGGCGGUUCAGGGUGUUCGAAGGGCUAAGGCCCCUGCUAGUGGACUGCCUGGCCUGCCGCCGCUACCGCAAUUGACGACGGCAAGCAAUCCCAAUCUUUACUCUUCGGCUGAGUUUGAGCAAGCUGUGUCUUCUAUGCAAGUGCGCAAGCAAUGUAUUCAUGGCCCGCUGGCGGCAAUCAAAGCUAACGUGCCUGAGGCUAGGGAACUCACUUUGGCUCUUGUGAACUUGGCUAGAGCUGCUGAGGUCACGGCCACUAGCUGGUGCUUCAGACGCAUCACCCCGCUCCGUAAACAAGGGCCGAGAGUCGUCAGGAAGUUAAAAUGCCUUCGUCCCAUCAGCCUCACAACGGACAUGGCAUCAGUGCAGGACGCCUUGUGGCUUGCCAGGUGUAAGCAACAACUUGAGACCUACACCGGUCAUCGCCAAGUGGGCGGUAAACUAGACACCAUCUUGGUAAUCCUGGCUGUCAUGCUGCAUGUCCAGAUCCGUCACUACCAAGGACUUGAUACUUUUCUGUUAUUCUCGGACAUCCAGCAUGCAUUUGACACGGCAAGUCAUGAUGGCAUGCUCCUUGCUGCUUUCUUGUCCGGGGUGGUUGAGGUCGAGUGGAGGCUUUUAGACGAUUUCCUCAAAAUGGACUCAGCUUCCAUUAUGUUGGGAGGGGUCCUUUCUCGAGCUCUGUCCUUGGGUGCAGGUAUCCCGCAGGGUAAAAAGUUUAGUGUGCACGUUUUUUCUGCCUUGCUAAAACAUUUCGGCGAUAUUUUAUUAAGCGAGUGUGCGCCAGCCAACACGGUGUUGCCUUCCUUUGCAGCAGAUGCCAUUUCGGGGCUGUGGGCGUCUUUGACCCCUGCACCUUCGUGCAUGCGCCAGCUCCGGCUAGGUGAGCAACCUAGUUUGCAGCAGAUGGCAGCUGCAAUUCGCCAGGCCCCUUCAAUCACUGAAGCACGAAGAGUGGCAAUACAUUUGCUGGCUGGCAUCCAGGAACGGCAGAAACGUGCACAGUGUGUUGAGCUACUUGGUGCUCUGCCGUUGGGCCCUCUCUUGUUCGUGGAUGAUGUGGUAACAUCUUUUGCGACAGAUGCAGACAUCAAGCAUGCAGUUACUUAUGGGCUUCCGUCCUAUGCACGCUUUGCCAAGGCGCAGUUCAACUUGGGUCCCACCAAAACGGCAGUCAUGAGCUGCAUGGAUGCUGCCAAAUCCUGCCUCGAUCAUAUGUCAUGUGAUUCUUACAAGCUGUUGGGGGUCUUGGUUGAUAAUCAGUUCUCUUUUUCUGCCCGCUCAAAGCAAAUUAUUCAAAUUGGAAAGGCCAUGUUUGAUGAGCUCUCCCAUCUCAUUACAGAGUUGGGCUUGCCACCGCCGGUGCACGCAGCUGCUAUAGUCGAGCGUGUGGAGCCGGUAGUUCUGUAUGCUGCUGAGCUGCUGGCUAUGACGCCUGAGGUGUUGCCUAAACUUGACCUUUUACAAGGUGAAUGGGCCAAGGGAGUUCUUGCUGGUCGUGCUGGGUCUGUUCUUAGGGGUUCUUUGGCUGUUGCUCUUUUGGGUUGGCAGUUGCGUUUGUCCUCAAAAGCCUUGCUGCGUAUGUUUUUGUGCCUAGCAAAAAUCCAGCUCUUGCCUGUGGACCACCCAGCUGCAUUGAUGCUGGCGGUGGCCAAAUCUUUGCCAUCAGACACCUGGUGGCAUGCAGUUGAGUCGCUCAGGCAUCAGCUAAGGGAAGAUAGCGCUGCAGGAACAUUCCCGGACAUCCUUGCCGCAAACCUUUGUACGCAGGAAAUGCUAGUGAGAGCAAAACAGGACAGUGCUGUUCGAAAAAAUUUGCUAUUACUUUACAAGACGCGAAUCCUUCUGCCAAUCCUGUGUGCCAGAGAUGAGGCGGAGUUUCAGAAAGCUGCUACUAAGCAUCUAGUAGGGAUGGGUCUGGCCUUCGCAGACUUGGGCUGCGUGAGAAGACAGUGUGACUGGUCUCACUUGCUGCCCAUCUUGAAAAGCUCUGAAUGGAAAUUAGCGAGGCUGUGGGCAUUUGCGAGGCUGACUGGUAUGUGGCCAUUGAGUUUACUGUCAGAGCUGCCGCCGGAAGUAGAACUUGACAAGUGCCCUUUCUGUGACAGAUGCAGUGUCUGGAUUCGGCAUGCUCUGUGUGAAUGCCCGGGGACAGCAGACUUGUUUGUGGCAUCGGGGCUUGCGCUUCACGCCAGCAGAGGUGUAGAGGCUAACCUCCUGAUGCAAAUGCUUUUUCAUUCAGCCACAGAGGAUGCCAUAGAUGCGGCUAGGAUCCGAUAUGUAGGACGUGCCUUGGCUGGAAGCAUUGAGGCGUAUGUGCGCCAAAAAAACUGGUGCGUUGCAACGACCUGCUAA